GUUAAAGAAAAAAAAUUAAAAUAUAUCAUUCUUCCUCUGCCCAAUUCCUCUGUCCCUUUCACUAACCAAAAUAAAAAUAUUCAAAGUAUAUUAUAUAAUCUUUAGUAUAUUUAUUUGGCACCACAACACAACCAUUCAACACAAUUCUCUUCAUUUUCUUUUUGCAAUGAAAGAAUCAUCAAAACCAUGGAGACCAUUUACAUCAAAUUGUUGCACAACAGAAAACCAAACAAUCUUAAAAAAUUUCAGUAAAUGUAAACCUUCACGUUCAGAUUAUUCUAAGAACAUUGCUCCUUUACCAUCUUUUAGGAGACUUUCUUUUUCUGAUCUUAGCCGUUCCUCUUCGACGCGAAUCAAUGAAGAUCUUGCACUUUCUUUUGGUUCUGAUUUGUGUGAUUUUCAGCUGAGUGAACUUCGAGCUAUUACGCAGAAUUUUUCGAGCAAUUUUUUGCUUGGUGAAGGUGGAUUUGGAACUGUUCAUAAAGGUUAUUUAGAUGAUAAUUUUAGACAAGGUUUGAAGGCUCAACCUGUUGCUGUUAAGCUUUUGGAUAUUGAAGGUUUACAAGGACAUCGUGAAUGGCUCGCAGAAGUGAUUUUUCUUGGGCAGUUAAGGCAUCCAAAUUUGGUGAAGUUGAUUGGAUAUUGUUGUGAGGAUGAAGAAAGACUACUUGUCUAUGAAUUUAUGCCAAGAGGAAGCUUGGAGAAUCACUUAUUUAGAAGACUAACAUCAAUACCUUGGGCAACAAGAUUAAAAAUUGCAAUUGGUGCUGCUAAAGGCCUUUCUUUCUUGCAUGGUGCUGAAAAACCAGUCAUUUAUAGAGACUUUAAGACUUCCAAUGUCUUACUUGAUUCGGUGAGUACUGACAGUGUAAAAAACGUUUAGACUGUUAAUCAGUUAUAACCGUUGGAUCAUUAAAUUAUUAUUUUUUUGUAGAAAAAAUAUUUUAUUUUAAUCAUACUACCUUAAAUUUUGAGUUUAUUUUUUAUUUUUUUAACAAAUUUUAAGUUUUGUAUUGUGAGACUAAAAAAAGUUUUACUGAAUGAUAUAUCAAAUCACAUUUCAUCAUAUAUUUUAUAAUUUUAAAGAUAUUGUUAGAAACUAACAUAACAAAAUAGCAUGAUUGGAUAUCUACCAAUUAAAUCCUUAAUCUUUU